CGCAAGUAUGAAUGCCCAACACGCUCACCCUACCUCAGUUUGUUCAUCGCUGCUUGCGUCGUCUAUUUGCAUUUCUUAUCUUCUUCAUUUUGGUUUCAACUCUUCCCACGCAUAAUAGUAAGUUAAUACAUACGCUUGGUACAUGUCGCGUGUGCUAAUCUAGUCUUGUUUAUACAUCAGGCCUUGCGAAAUGUCUGGUCUCGAGGUGCUCGGUGCCAUUUCUGCCGUAAUUUCCAUCAUCGAUGCGACUAUUCAAAUAAGUAGCGCUAUUCAAGAUGAGGCGGGCCUACCAGCAAACUUCAAGACGGUGGCGGUUAGACUGCCUGUGGUUUCGAGACUCCUCGACGACGCAGAGGAAUACAUAAGAAGGAACGAAACCCUCGACCUGGCACCAGCUUUUACGCCCGUCAUCCAAAACUGCUCGACAAAAGCCACGCAGCUCCAGCAACUAUUCCAAAAGGUUAUCCCAGCCGACGGUGACUCGCGAGCUAGCAGAUACAUCAAAGCAGCCCGAACCAUCGGCAAGGGCGGUCGCGUAGAGACGCUGAUGAAGGAUAUCCUUGACGACCUGAGCCUCUUGACUAUGCAGUUCCCUGAUACAACUUCGCAUAGAGGGAAGGAAAGCCUGACGAGGGCCAUUGACGAAGUGAAGAAACUGGAGCCUUCGCUGCCUGAGGGGUUCGAAGACGCGGUCAGGUUUGCCAAUUAUGGGAGCGGCCCGCAGAACAUCAAUACCGGAUCGGGGAGCCUGUACAAUAACAAUGGUGCGGUUAUUCAGAAUACCGGUUCGGGGCAGCUGUAUAACGGCACCAAUUAUGUCGCCUCUAAAAUUUCUACACUUAGUUUUGGUGACCAGAAUCACGGCAUUCAAGCGGAGACAGUGACUGUCCAUGGAGGAUAUCACGAGUACCGUCAAUCUGCACCUGCAACGCCAUUGACUCCUCAAGAACUUAACGCGAAGCGCCUAAAAGUUUGUCGAAACCAUCUUCGGUCCGUCGAAUCAACGCGACUAUUCAACAAACAAAAGUCCUUUGAGUCUGCAAAUUGGCUGCUCCAGCAAGACGCUUUCCAGGAAUGGCAGAGGCUCGGUGUGAAGGGCCCCCAGGCAGUCCUACUCACCAUCAAGGGGCAUAACUUUACUGGUAAGUCUGUCAUGAUGAGGAGGGCGGUCGCUGCGAGCUCGGAAAAUGAAAAGGUCAUCACGCUGCAUCACUUCUUUGGCGGCGAUACAAAGGAUCCGAUAGAUGAGCUCCUCCGCGACUUGCUUUACCAGCUUAUCUAUGCUUUGCCAGAGAAGCAUAAGCCAUGGGAGGAUAUUCGACGCUGGGGUGAGGAGAUUGGUGAUGGCGAAUGUAUCGACCUUGCAUCUUGUGGUAACCUCGAAGAAAUCUUCAUACGCAUCACGGCCACAGUUAAAGACGAUCUAGCGAUUCGCAUUUUUGUUGAUGAUGUGGAUGACUGUAUUGGCGGCCAUGCGCAUACGUCGAAGCAGGACAGCCGUAUGCCUCUCGACGUUCUUGAAGCCCUAUACAACCUUCUAAGCCGCGCCCGAACUGUUGAUGCAGACCUUGGAAUUUGCGUAUCACGUCGGACACGGCAAGAUUAUUACGGAAAAGAACCCCCGGCGACAACCAUUCAUCUAGAAGAAUACAUUAACGAGGCGCUUUCGACGCUUAUACAAGCAAAGCUGGCAAAUGUAUUUCCAGAGGCAUUGGAAAAAGCGUUCAUUAUUUUAAAGAUGGUCGAAACGGGUUCGCAUAAUUUCCACUGGGCAGAGCACAUAUGCAAUGAGAUUGUCAAGAACAAAGACGGCAAGAUGCAGGAUCUCGCGUGGGUUGCGUCCACACCCCUGAGCGACUAUGAGGCUCUGUAUACCAGCGCGCUACGGUCUUCCAAGGCUUCAAAGACUCACUGCAGUCACAUGAACCUCUUGCGAGUUGCUCUCGGCUCCUUUCGACCGAUGACAGCAGAGGAGUCUCUGCACGCACACGCGUUCGCGGAGGAGCCUGAAUUCAAGCACCCAACAAUGGAGGCCUGGCAGGCAUCCGAGCAAGGGUUGACGGUAGAUGCAUUUACCAACUACGUCUCGGAUAAGACGUACGGGCUCUUGGAGGUAUCCGUGCGGGUGAAAACAUCCAAUAGCGCGACCGCGGCGCUCGAAGAUGACGAUGUUGAGUGUCACGUUCUCUUUUCCCGGCGCUCUACCGCGACGUUUCUUCGCGGCGAAAAAGGCCUGGCAGAAUUGGAAAUCCAGUCGCGAGAUCACCUUGAGCAAGAGUGCCAUGCGCUGCUGUUUCGUAUAUGCAGCACCGUUCUGGACAAGUUCUCUCUCACUGGCAGCAAUAACGUCCAUCUCUUGGAUUACGCCUGCGAGUUCUGGCUUCGCCAUUCCAUAGCAUGCGGGGAGCUACCGCCUGACAAGGCGCUGCCAGAGUUCUUCAUGAACAAGUGCACAAAACGCAAAGCUCAGCGCUUCAUCAAGCAACAGAUAACCUUCCUUGAGCAGGCUCGCGCCAAGGAAAGCAUAUCACUGAAAAACCAGACCAGUAUGACGGUGCUGCUGGCUACGCUCGGCUGCACUACACUGCUCCGUAGGCACAUUGAGGCGUGCGACUGCUGCAAGAUGGAUAUGUGUGUAGAACCAAACGCCAAGCAGCCGUCUACGGUGCUCCAGGCGUCGCUCUACAACGCAAUAUCAACUGCCAAGUUUGACACUGCCAAGUAUCUCGUCGGCUUACUGCCGCGGGACCAUCUCAAUAUGAGUAUCAGAGGCUGGACCUUGAUGUACACGACGUGCUUCUAUAGCAAAAUAAUGGCAUCUGAGUACGAAAAGGCCCUAGAUCUCGUCAAAACCCUGCUUGAUCUCGGCGCGGACGCCUGCGAACCAUCUCUGACGGGGGAUGUGUUUCCUCUGCACCUCGCCAUCAGCGUCGCUGACCACCGUUUGAUCGAAGUUAUUUGCGAAGGAAGGGAUAGAAAGGCACUGAACGACAUAUUUGAGAUGGGGCAGGGCAAGACUAGACAAACAGCUCUACACCAUGCCGUCAUGUGCAAGCUUGCUGAGCCGCGAGAGAGACAGGCGAUAUUGGCUACAUUGCGAAAGCUGGCGCCUGAUCCGAAUAGAUUGCUUGGUAUGAUAGACGAAGAAAAUAGAACGCCAGUGGACCUUGCGGACGAUGACGACGACCUUUUGGAUGAAUUGGAGCUAUUCCAGAGUUAGAUUACAGAGUAGUCUAAAAGCUACUGCGUUUUUGUUUUGGACGGUUGUAUUCGGUUGUAUUCGGUUGUAAUAUAUAUGUUUAUUUUAUACAUGUAGGAGAUGUGGAAAUGGACGGAGAAUGCGAUUGUAUAAAAAGAACAAGAUGAUGGCGGA